UUUCCUCGAGUUCCGGAGUCGAGUUGCUGCCUGGGCCGGAGCGGAGAUGCAGCCGCCGCCCCGAAAAGUGAAGCCAUCCCAGGAGGUGAAGCUUCGCUUCCUGGAGCAGCUGAACAUCCUUCAGACCCGGCAGCAGAGAGAGGCGGACCUACUGGAGGAUAUCAGAUCCUACAGCAAGCAGAGGGCAGCCAUUGAACGGGAGUAUGGGCAGGCACUCCAGAAACUGGCUGGGCCAUUUCUGAAGAGGGAAGGACACCGGAGUGGGGAGAUGGACAGCAGACUUUCUCUGGGGAGAGGCAGGAUGGUGUUUGGUGCCUGGCGCUGCCUGCUGGAUGCCACCAUGGCUGGGGGCCAAGCCCGGCUCCAGGCAUCUGACCGAUACCGUGACCUGGCAGGAGGCACAGGGCGGAGCGCUAAGGAGCAGGUGCUUAGGAAGGGAGCAGAGAACCUCCAGAGGGCGCAGGCAGAGGUGCUGCAGUCUGUCCGGGAGCUGAGCCGAAGUCGAAAGCUGUAUGGGCAGCGUGAACGGGUGUGGGCCUUGGCACAGGAGAAGGCGGCUGAUGUCCAGGCCAGGCUUAACCGAAGUGACCAUGGCCUCUUCCACACUCGGACCAGUCUCCAGAAACUCAGCACCAAGCUGUCUGUCCAGUCGGCCCAGUACUCCCAGCAGCUGAGAGCGGCCCGCAAUGAGUACCUGCUCAACUUGGUGGCCACCAAUGCCCACCUUGACCACUACUACCAGGAAGAACUGCCGGCCGUGCUCAAGGCCCUGGUCAGCGAGCUGUUGGAACACCUGAGGGACCCGCUGACUUCACUGAGCCGCACGGAGCUGGAAGCUGCACAGAUGGCUCUGGAGCAUGCCCAUCGUGGGGGGCAAGCGACCUCCCAGGUAAGCUGGGAGCAGGAUCUGGAGCUUUUUCUUCAGGAGCCCGGAGUAUUCUCCCCCACCCCAGCUCAGCAGUUUCAGCCAGCAGGGAAUGAUCAGGUGUGUGUCCUGGAGCUGGAGCGGGGCGCAGGAGGUGUGGCCGGGGAGAGUGGCCUGGAGAAAGAAGUUCAACGCUGGACGAGCCGAGCUGCCCGAGACUACAAGAUCCAGAACCAUGGGCAGCGGGUGCUGCAGCGGCUGGAGCAGAGGCGGCAGCAGGCUUCAGAGCGGGAGGCUCCAGGCAUAGAACAGCGGCUGCAGGAAGUGAGGGAGAGCAUCCGGCGGGCACAGGUGAGCCAGGUGAAGGGGGCUGCCCGGCUGGCCCUGCUGCAGGGGGCUGGCCUGGAUGUGCAGCACUGGCUGAAGCCAGCCAUGACCCAGGCCCAGGAUGAGGUAGAGCAGGAGCGACGGCUCAGCGAGGCCCGGCUGUCCCAGAGGGACCUCUCUCCCACGGCUGAGGAUGCUGAACUGUCUGACUUUGAGGAAUGUGAGGAGACGGGGGAGCUCUUUGAGGAGCCCGCCCCCCCAGCCCUGGCCACCAGGCCCCUCCCCUGCCCUGUCCAUGUGGUGUUUGGCUAUCAGGCAGGACAUGAGGACGAGCUGACCAUCACAGAGGGCGAGUGGCUGGAGGUCAUAGAGGAGGGAGAUGCCGACGAAUGGGUCAAGGCUCGGAACCAGCACGGUGAGGUAGGCUUUGUCCCUGAGCGGUAUCUCAACUUCCCGGACCUCUCCUUCCCUGAGAGCAGCCAUGACAGCGACAAUCCUUCGGGGGCAGAGCCCACAGCGUUCCUGGCCUGCGCCCUGUACAGCUACACGGGACAGAGCGCAGAGGAACUGAGCUUCCCCGAGGGGGCGCUUAUCCGCCUGCUGCCCCGGACCCAGGAUGGAGUGGAUGAUGGCUUCUGGAGGGGAGAAUUUGGGGGCCAUGUUGGGGUCUUCCCCUCCCUGCUGGUGGAGGAGCUACUUGGCCCCCCAGGGCCAUCUGAACUCUCAGACCCUGAACAGAUCCUGCCAUCCCCUUCCCCUCCCAGCUUCUCCCCUCCUGCACCCACCUCUGCCUUGGAUGGCUCGCCUGCACCUGUCCUGCCCGGUGACCAAGACCUGGACUGCCCUGGACCCCUGGAUGUGAUGGCACCUCGACUCAGGCCGGUAAGGGCCCCGCCCUUGGAGGAGAGUGUUUGGAGAGGGGUCACUCCAACUUGUCCUGUUUUAUCUGCAGGACAGAGGGAAUGGACAGGGAUAUCCCCAAGGGAGGCAUCUGGUGCACUGACUGUGUGUUCCCUACAGAUGCGUCCACCGCCUCCCCCGCCAGCUAAAGCCCCGGAUCCUGGCCACCCAGAUCCUCUCACCUGAAGCCCGGGGGAAUCACUUUCCCCCAGUGAUGCUGCUGCCCCUAUCUCCGUGCUAUCAGAGACCACCCCUCCCCACGGUGAUCCAGAGCGACACAGCCAAAAGCUGGAAUCUCCCUGAUUUCCGUUCUCACCUUCACGGGUAGAAAUUUCUUCUCUCCCCAUUUCUGGGGCUGGAACCCACUCCUUUUUUGCCAUCAUCCUCCAGCCAUCUCUAAGGGCUGAAACUACUCCUUUGUCUUCUGCUACCACCCCAUCUCUAGGGUGGUGAAGUACCCUGAAAUCUCUGGGACUGGAAUUCAUCCCCCAAAGUCUCGAGUGGCUCUGGCUUAUUUGUGUCUCCACCCUGGUUCUGUGAAUCACCCCACUCCAGAUGCCAGAGCCACUGGGGAUGGGGGCAGGCCUGUCAGAAGGAGCUGGAGCCAGUAUGCGAAGCAGCUGUAAUCGUCUGAGCGGAUUUAUUGACAGUGAAUAAAGGGCACAAAGCCCAAGCCAGGGCCUGGGCCUCUUGUGCCAAGAGGGCAGGGGGUCUAAGGUGCUAUUGCUUUAAGGGCCCACCAAGGGCAGGGGCCUGCUCCCAGCCGCACGCUCUAGCAUAUGGAGUGAGGUGAUGGGGAAAGCAGGUCAGGCGGCCUGUUGGCAGACAGGGGAAGGAGAAGAGACUGAGGACCAGAGGUGGGACUUCUCCCAAGGUCCCCCAGCCUGAGACCGUGCAGUUCCAGGUGGAAGUAGGGCUGGUCCCUCAGCUGGGGGGCAGUGCUGUCCAGUUGAGAGGAGGGGCUUCAUGCCCACCCAACCCCUGGCCCUGCCAGCUGGUAGUCCAUCAGCGCAAUGAAGGAGAGGAAGGGUAACAGUGUUGCCUCCUCUUCAAGCUGUGUCCCCGCUUUUCCCCAGGGGCUGCAGGACCUUCCCUGUCCCCUGGAGCACAAGCCCACUCCCCACCACCAAACCAAGGAAUAUGUACCAAAGGCUAAGCCUGCAGUUUAGCUUGGGGGUUCAGGGAACCAAUGGGCUUAGGUAGUUUAAAGUAGGGGGUGGGAGGAUGAGAUUAUCUGACUUGGGGCCCAGGCAGACUCACCUCACACACCCCCUGCCCCCUGUGGUGGGGACACCUGAGAGAGAGAGGAGGGGUCACCAGUGGGAGAACAGGAGGUGGGUCAUAUCAGUGCCCCCUAGAGUAGGGGCAGUAAGAGCUGAGCCCACCGCAGCCCACCACAUGUCUUCAUACCUGGUGAUCUGAGGUGUCCGGUUUGCUUGGCUGUCCAUUUGCCUCUUGACUGGCCAGCCCUGGGCUUGGGCCCCUUCCUCCAGCCCCCAGCAUCGACUCUGCAGAGGCUCCAGGGCUCCUCUCAAGUGCACGACGGACUAGGCUGCUGUCCCUGAGUCCUCCAUUCCGCACUGGGGGGCUGGCAAGGGCCAGGGGCUGCGGCCUCUCAGGGGGAAGGCUCUCAGUGGCAGGCAUCCCUGUCCUGGGCUGCCCUCCCCCAGACCCCUGGCCACCCCCUGGGUCCAGCCCCCCACCAGAUCCCCAGCUCCUGUCCGUGGGGGAGCCAUCACGAUGCUCAUGCAGCCCAUAGCGCUUCUCAAUGUGUGUCACCCGGAACCUGGGAGGGGAGGGAACACUGGGGCUUAGGACCACCACCCAGAGGCUGCUUGGCCCUUCCCUCCGGUCAGGGACAUCCUGGGUUUGAUAGGCACUUCCCUCUGGCCUAGGGCAGGGGAGACCAGAUUGUGGGGCACAUUGUGCAGCCUGGCUUCUGCUGUGGCUCACAGGCCACAAAGAAAGAGCCAGGGCCUACCUUUGGAGGCAGGUGCCUGACCGUUGGGGUCCCCACCUCAACCUCCCUUUCCCUGGGGCACUCUAUACCCACCUGCCCACAGAGAACACAGUGGUCUCCCCAGGCCGGGGGCGACUCUUUCCUUCCUUGGAGCGUCCCUGACGGACAAGUGGGGGUCUCUUGUUGCGGCUGCAGUGGAUGCAGGGGGCUGCGGAGCCCAGGUGCACUGUGUGAUGAUGGGAGGGGGCUCCGUCCUGCAAGCUGGAGGUGGCAUCCACACUGGACGGUAGGGAGGAAAGGACCAGGGGUGACAUUCCCAGUUUUCUUCCUGUUCGACUUGCUCCUGUUCUUUCAGCGUGCUCCUUAAACCCCAGAUGCCCCACUUGCCCCAGGCCCCACCAUUCGUUUCUUGUCUUUAUCUAAUAAACUCAAUAUGAAGAUA